GAAAUCAAAAUAGUCUAAAAUAGGCAAAUGCAUACCUAAGAUAACCAAAUUUACCAAACAAUUACUUUUCACUGAAUGAUGAAAAGGAAAGAACAGAGUAACAUUCAUUAUAUCCAAGAAUUGAUACAGAAGAGAUAAAGGGGGACAAAAAAAGAUAGAGAAAUUAAGAGAUGGAUUCAGGGCCAUCCUGGGCUGAUCAAUGGGACAAUGACACUCCUGACACUCCACCACAAAAAGAAUCAGAGAAGGAAGACAAGAAGGAGAAGAAGAAUGAAAGCAAGAGCAAGUUUGGGAAGAAACUUCUGAUUUUAAAAUGGAUGAAAGAUUUGCGCAAGAAGCCUGAAAAAUAAACAUGACCACUGUCACCAGUACGAGUCUUCUGCUCAUGUAGACAAAAUCCAUUUCUAUUGCACUUCUCUUUCAUCCUUGAUGCAAAUAACAUAGUUUGUCUUUACCUUCUUUUGAAAUUUCCUAACCCUUUUUUUUGUUCAUGUUUUUAUUUGUUGUAUCCUCAAGCUUUACAUGCACAUUUGUGUCAAUGUAUGCAUUGCAAAUGUGAACUCAAGUAUUAUGUAUUGAUGAUUUUAUGGAA